AACUUUACUUGCAAUUGAUCGGUUUACUUGCAUUGCACACUUGUUAAACACUCUUUUUUAUAUUUUAUAAAUAAAAAACAUGUCGCUGCUGCACAAGCUAAGCAGGUUUACAAUUCCGACUAGUUGGCGUCGCCAAUUAUCCGCCACACAGCGCACUUUUAGCGCAAAUAGCAGUGAAACAAGUACAAGCGACAGCAAUGUGACCGCGGAGCAGCCGGAAAACCAGGCCAAAGGAGGCUUCGCGCGCGCCUUCGAGAAAUAUACGGCACCUGCAACGCCGGAGCCGGCGCCCGUGGACAAUCAAAGCUUUGCAUCAAUGCUGCGAAAUUCCAAGUUCAUUGAUCUGGGCGAUGCCGAGGGCAAGGUGAUCAGCGGCAAAAUAUUUCAUGUUGUGGGCGAGGAUCUGUACAUUGACUUUGGCUGGAAAUUUCAUUGCGUUUGCACGCGACCAGCGCGCAAUGGCAGCGACUAUGUGCGCGGCGCUCGCGUGCGCCUGCGUGUCAAGGACCUGGAGCUGUCCACCAGAUUCUUGGGCUCCAGCAAGGACAUAACCAUUUUGGAGGCAGAUUGCCAGCUGCUCGGACUGAUAUCGUCGCCCACGCGCCAGGCCAACACCAGCCCCAGCGCCAGCCCCAGCCCCAGCCGGAGCACAUUUGACGCACCACGAAUCGACACAUUGCUGUCCAAUUAAAUCUAUUAUUGAGUGCAUUAAAAAUUGUUAAAAGAAA